AUGGCUACUAUCUAUGUUCCCCAGAAGAGGCAAAAGCGGCACUGGGAUGGUAUGAUCACGAAUGGCAAGGUGAGGGGUAGAAUCACAGGUACUCUGGAUCAUCGCAUCUGGUCCCAGCUGCCUUUGGAAAUCCAGCUCCACAUUCUAAACUUCUUGCCAGUGCCGGCACUUUGCCGUGGAAAGAGUGUCUGCAAGGCUUGGAAGUCCGCAAUCCAGGGCACCAGAGCUCAAGGGCAGUGGUAUAUCAUGGAUGGUUACUGCAGUGUUGGGCUCUGUGAUGGAAAUUCCAGAUCUCUUUCAUGGAAGAUGAUUAAGAUUUUCAAACCUUUGGAGGAAAGAACAGAACAUAUCUGUGUGUCUUCUGCCGGGUUUGUUCUCGCAUACUUUAUUUUGGACAGGUUACAAACUAUAGUGGUGUUCAACCCCUUGAAUUUAAGGUCCUUGGUGAAGCUGCCUCGACCACCUGGUUCUAACUUCAUACUUUUCGUGGCAAUCCAAUCUUCAGUUGGUAGUGACCACAGGCCUUGGUUUUCUGUGGUUUGUCUCCGGGGAAUCAAGCCAACGAUGACAGGUGCACGCCAUCUCGUUCUACAAGUUUAUGAUUCGAGAGUUCACAAAUGGGUCUCGUCUUGUCGAGUAUUCACAAGCAGAGAUGAAAUUGCCCAGGUUUCCUUUCAUGACGCCACCAAUUGCAUGCUUCUACGGGAGGACAAGCUUUACUUUAUCACGAUCACAAAGAACAACACCAGGUCGCUCAAGUGUGUCAACGUGUGGGAUUCACACGGCAAGGUGGCGACUUUGGCAACGUGGACGAGCCUUCCCAUGGGCUUGCAUCAAGAAACAUACGACGCCCCAUGCCGGUACAAUAACACCUCACUUGUUUACUGCGCUGGAAAGCUGGUGCUUGCAAACUUGAUUCCAGACAGUGUCGAUGCACAAACCCAAGUUGGUUUUGUCUAUCUGGAUGAAGCAUCCAGACAGUGGCAACCCUUGGCAACUAUGCCUAGAGAGAAUAUGCCGGCAGAGCUUAGAAAAGUUGGGCUGCAAGCAGGCAAUAUGCGUGAGUGGAGUUUGAUAGUGGCGGGAGGGGAGACGGAGAUCACCUUGUUCAUAACUCACUUAACGUUCGGUUGGGGUUGCAUUUACAAUAAGGAAACCGGUAUCUGGCGACCAGCUUGUGGCCUAAGGUCCGAAGGUGGCAUGCUGUAUCCUUUCAAGCCAUCAUUCCAUCCAGUCUCCAUUUAGUUACUCCCAUUAAAGUUGCUAUUUUGUGGUGAAGAAAUAUUCAUGAGAAUGAGUA